AUGGCCGGAGUCACCCCCAGCGCCUACCUUGAUCUACUGAGGUCGGAAAAGUACUCAGAUUUUACAAUCGCCUGCAACGGCGUCGAGUUCAAGGUCCAUCGAGCCGUUGUUUGUCCAGCCUCCCCGUUUCUAGACUCGGCGUGUAACAGUGGCUUCCAGGAAGCCACGUCGCGAAGGAUCGAGUUUCGGGAAGAUGACCCCGGAAUCGUGGCGAGAGUCGUGCUCUUCCUGUACACGAGCGACUACGAUGCCAAUCAGAUCCCCACUUUUAACAAGCACAGUCACGGCGGUGUUUUUCCAGCUCAGAGGGACAGAUCGGCGUCGUCUUGUGCUGAGUCCGCCGUCUCUUCAGAAAACUUGGCCGCCGCUGAGAAGAGGAAGCAAGAGGAGGUCGUCGAGGCGCUCAAAAUCAAUGCCCUCGUCUACAAGUGCGCCGACAUGCUGGGCAUCGAGAACCUGAAGGUCCUAGCGGCAGACCGCUUCCUGGCCGACGCCAUCGGGCUCGUGGGCGACGACCAACUCGCCGAGCCGUUACGGGUCAUGUACGAAUCGACGCACGCGACCGACGAACACCUGCGCCUGCCCGUAACCACACUGUGCAUCCGGAACCACGACACGCUCUCCAAGGCCGCGGUCCAGGUGAUCCAGGAACACGAGCACAACGUGUGGUCCGUGACGGUGCAUCUGCUGCAGGAGGCGCAGGACCGGCACCUGGAGGAGGCGCGCAGGCGCAAGUCCGAGUGGCACAUCAUUUACGACACCGUGACCAAGGUCAACGACGUGCUCGCGAGCCGGUGUGCGUCUUGUCAUCGCGACGUCUCCCGCAUCCUCGUGCGGCCCGACAAUUCCAUGAAAGGCCAGUGUCGCAAUUUCUGCCGGAGCACCCGCGAUGUAGAUUUCGAUGCAGACCCGGUAGCGAUCUAG